AUGCGCACCCUGCUGGGGGAGCUGGGCUCUGCAGGGACUCUCAGUAGCAUCCACAGAACCACGAGCGGUGUCUUUGACAUCCUAGCCGGUGAAGAGCUGGGCCACCCCCUGUGCAAGGGCUGUACUGACAACCUUCUGGAGCAGCUGGACACAUAGCUCAGGGCUUCAGAAUCUGACAUUCAGAACUACCCGCGCUGUUUGGAGACCAGGGAUGGAUUAAGUGAGGACGCGAGGGAGACACUGCAGGAGGAGCUGAAGGCCGUGGAGCUGGAGGAAGCGAGGCUGGUCCAGGAGCUGGAGGAGGUGGAGAAGAACCGAGAACAGGCAGCUGAGGCUCUGGAGGCAGCCCGGGCAGAGACGGAGGCGCUGCAGCAGCAGGAAAGGCAGUCCUACAGGGACCUCAGUGAGCUGCAAUGGCAGCAACUGGAACUGCAGGAUGAGCUGGGCAGCGUGGAGGACCGGCUGCUGUAUGCCCAGACCCAGCUCACCCGGCUGAAGAGAACCAACGCCUUCAAGGCCGCGUUUGAGAUCUGCUGUGAUGGCCCCCUGGCCAUCAUCAAUAGCUUCAGGUUGGGCUGCAACCCCACCGUCCCCUGGAGCUGGAGUGAGAUCAACGCAGCCUGGGGGCACACGGCCUUGCUGCUCUUGGCCCUGUCUCACACAGUCGGCCUGCAGUUUCAGAGGUACAGGCUCAGCCCGUGCGGAGACCACUCCUAUCUGAAGUCCGUAACAGACGACGCCGUGGAGCUGCCUUUGUUCUGCACGUCGUGGCAGAGCGCUCUCGUGGACAACAAGUUUGACGAGGCGAUGGUGGCCUUCCUGGACUGCAUGCAGCAGUUCAAGGAGGCAGCGGAGAAGGACGAGCCCGCCCUCUGCAUGCCCUACACCAUCCACGUGGCGGACGGCCUGAUGGGAGACCCGGGAGCCGGUGAGUUCUACUCCAUCAGAACCCGCCUGAACACGGAGGAGCGGUGGACAAAGGCGCUCAAACUCAUGCUUACAAAUUUUAAGUGGAGUCUCGCUUGGGUCUCCUUAAGGUAUCCUCAGAAGCCUGUGUGA